AUGACAAGAGAAAAUGGGGCCCACAAUGCUCUGAGACAAGAAGGCGAUAUCUAGACAUAGGGGACCAGCAUCCAAGUGAGCAGCUCCUCUGUGUGGGAGAUCCAUCAGCACUUCAGACGAUUACGUUACCAUGACACAUCUGGAUCCCAGGAGGCUGAGCUCUGUCGACGAUGGCUGAGGCCAGAAGCACCCACCAAGGCUCCGAUCCUUGAGCUGUUGCUGUGGGAGCUUCCCGGGGAGAUCCGGACCUGGGUGCAGCUCCAUCAUCCUGGGAGUGGCAAGGAGGCUGUGGCCCAGGUAGAGGAGCUGCAGAAAGAUCUGGUUGGACUGGCACUAAAAGUUCCAGUCCUUGUCCAGGUCCAGAACACUCUCCAAGAAGGGCGGACGGUACUGGGAAUACCACUUCCUCUUCGGUCAGCUGAACUCCACCUGAAUCCUCUUCUUAGUGACCCAGUACUGGCCAGCCUCCAAGAGUCUCCACACGCUUCUCCUGGCCCUGAAGCUUCUUCCCUUCCCCAGGAAGAAAACCCAAGACAUCAACUGAUGGCACUUAGGCUUCUAACCGCCCAGCCCCAGGUAAGCUUCUCACCUUCUCUGCUUCCUGGGUGUAGCUUUCCAAUUGCUGUCCAAAAAUGGGAAACGAUGACUGGGUACGGGGAGGCAAUAGCUAAGCCAAGUGUUUCUCAGAAGGCAGAUUCCCAGAAAGGCACAUCAAAGAGACUUCAAACAACAAUUCCCCACAUCCCUGGCGUUGAGGCUGAGCGUGAAUGGCCGCUGUUGACCACUCAGUGGGGAAAUGAAAUGCCAGCAUGGGCAGACAUGGUAAAGAAAGAUCUCUGUGGAAGAGAUCAGAAGAACAGAACCCCACGCGCCCACAGAGGCCCAAAGCGGAAGGAAUUGCAACACUUCACUUCCGGUUCAGCCAUGUCCGAAAGCUUCCCAGGAAAGGAAGAUCCAAAGUCAUAUCCGAGUAACAUCUGUGAUAAACCGUUGAACAAAAUCUCCCAGCUUCUCAACCGCCCAAGGGUCCACACCCGGGAGAAGCCAUACAAAUGCAAAGAAUGCGGGAAGGCCUUUAACGACCACUCUGGCCUCCUCCUCCAUCUGCGCCGCCAUUCUGGAGAAAGACCUUACAAGUGUGACGAAUGCAGCCAGGUAUUCUCCCAGAAUGCCUACCUCGUGGGCCACCAGAGGCUGCACGGGGGCGAGGAGCCAUACCAAUGUAACAAGGGCCAGAAAGCUUUCAUCCUCAAAAAGAGUCUCACCCUGCACCAGAGAAUCCACUCCGGGGAGAAACCCCCCAGGUGCCAGAAGUGUGGGAAAGUAUUCAUCCUGAAAAAGAGCCUCACCCUCCAUCAACGAUUCCACACCGGGGAGAAUCUGUACAGCUGCCAAGCCUGUGUGGACCACCAGAGACUCCAUAAUGGAGAGAAGCCCUACGAAUGUGGUGAGUGUGGGAAAACCUUCAUCACGAGCAAGAGCUUCACAGUCCACCAGAAACUGCACACCCAGGAGCAGGCCUACAAAUGUGAAGACUGUGGAAAAGCCUUCAGCUACAACUCCAGUCUGCUUGUCCACUGGCGGAUCCCCACGGGAGGAAAACCAUUCAAGUGCAACGAGUGUGGAAAAGCAUUCAGUUCCAACAGGAACCUCACCGAGCACAAGAGGAUCCACAGCGGGGGGAAGCCGUACCAGUGUGGCAAAAGCUUCAUCCUGAAGAAGAGUCUCCUCAGGCACCAGAGAAUUCACAUGAGGGAGAAAUCGUACCAAUGCCACGAAUGUGGGAAAAUCUUCAGUUAUUGCUCCAACCUGACUGCCCAUCAGAGAAUUCUCCACACGGGUGAGAAAUCCUACGCAUGCGCCGAGUGUGGGAAGGGAUUUACAUACAACAGAAACCUCACUGAACACCAGAGCCUCCACAGUGGGGGGAAAAAAACCUACCAAUGUCACCUAUGUCACAAAGUCCUCACUUCUAGAAGAAUGGGAGUGUGGAAAGACUUCAGUUAGAAUAAAAACCUCGUGGUGCAUCAGAGAGCACAUCGUGGGGAGAGACCUUAUGAGUGUGAGAAAUGCAAGAAAUCAUUCACCUCGAAGAGGAACCACGUGGGAGAGAAAGCCUGUGGGCGUAAUGAUCGGAGUAAAGUGUGCAGGCCAAGAAAUAGCCUUUGCAAACAUCAGAAAGCUCAUUUAGAGGAAAAGCCUCGUGGGUGCAGUGACUCUGCUAAUGUGUUCUCUCAGACUUCAAAUGUCCAUCUGCAAGCAAAAAGCCAUACUGUGGAGGAAAUCUCUUGGCUACAAAAUGCCAGUGAAUCUAAGGUAGAUAUUCAGAAAAUCUAG